AUGUCAGACCUAAUAGACGUUGCCCACCAAGCCCAGCGGGACCUAAACUCCCACCAAGCCAAGCAAGGCGUCGGCCAUCAGAGCAUCUCAACCGACGAAUCCGGCGUCAACGAAAACGUCACACGCGACUUCCCCGGCGCUGAGGUACGGUACGGCGAGAUGGCGAAUCAUGGUGGCAGCGGGAACAAAAAAAUUCCGCCACAGGAGGGCGGUGAUUAUGAUGCGCGGGGACGGAUGACUAAAGCAAAAGAUUUCGAAGGCCCGGGCGGUCCAGAGGAUAAGAUGAAGAUUGUCGAGGAAAGACGGCCUGGCGACGAUGGAGUGCCGGUGCGGAGGACCAACUACUAA